CAGAAAAUAGUUAACUCGGCUGAAACUGAAACAGGGCAAGACUUGUAAAAGAAAAGCCCCACCAGGCUGUCUCUCUCAGUUUCCUGCUCAAGGAAGCCAUUUUGUACAGGCUGGAGUGUAGGACAACAAACUUUUGGUUGUUGUUUUUUCUCCUUCCUCAUUGUUUCCUGUGAAAAUUUGGACUUUCUCAUCUGCAGAACAACUUCUUCACCAGAGAAGGAGGAGGAGAAAGAGGAAAGGUAGGAGGGGAGAAGUUUUUCUCAGUAUGUCUCUCACGUUUGCCUUGCCAGGAUAAUGAAAGAACAAGUGUGAGUGCAGAUCACAAAAAGCAAGAGGGAGAGAAAGAAAGAAAGGAGCUGUGCUUCCUGGAUAGAGAUCUCCUAUUGACUCCUCUUGGAGAGGGGGUGGACACAGGACAGAGACUCUCUGUAGCAGUGUGUGUUUGUGUGUGGAUCAGCGUGUCCACACCCUCACGGUCCUGCUCUCUGAGGGAGGUAGAGCGUGCGUGUGUGUAGCGAGGGAUGGCCAACGCCAGCCCCUGCAUGUCGUCAGGACCCCUGUCCCAGGUCUUCUUCCACCCAGGGGGCCCCUCUCCCCCAGACUCCCUGGUGAUGCAGCAGGGGACCCCCAUGGCUGUGCCUCCCACACCUACCCACGGUGGCUUCCCCCCUGUGGACCUGGGGGCUGGACUGGGCCCUGGGGGGGCUGCCAUGUCCCACGUGCCCCCCACCCUGGCUGGGGUCUCCUUCAUCAUCCAGAUUGGGCUGACCAGAGAGUCAGUGCUGCUGCCCCAGACCGCUGACCUGGCCUUCGUCAAACAGAUCGCCUGCUCCAUCGUGGACAUCAAGUUCCCAGAGUGUGGCUUCUAUGGCAUCUAUGACAAGAUCCUGCUAUUUAAACAUGACACUGGCACCAACAACAUCCUGCAGCUGGUCAAGGCUACCCAGGACAUCCAGGAGGGAGACCUGGUGGAGGUGGUUCUCUCUGCUGCUGCCACCUUUGAGGACUUCCAGAUCCGGCCUCAUGCCCUGAACGUCCACUCGUACCGCGCCCCAGCCUUCUGUGACCACUGUGGAGAGAUGCUGUUUGGACUGGUCAGACAGGGCCUCAAAUGUGACGGCUGUGGACUAAACUACCACAAGCGCUGUGCCUUCAGCAUCCCCAACAACUGCAGUGGCGCGCGCAAGCGGCGCCUGUCCACCACGUCUCUGAACAGUAGCCAGUCGCUGCGUCUGUCCACCAGCGAGUCCCUGAGCAGCGUGGGAACCAGCUCAGUCAACACCUGCAUGGAGGAUGCCAGCCUGAUCCGCUCUCACACCACCCAGAUGCUCCCGAACUCCACCUGUACCGCAUCAGCAUCCCUGGGCCUGUCCACCAGCCCCUCCAUCACUAGAGCCAUGGCCCGCGCUAACACUCAGAUGCCGCGAACCCCCAGCGAGGCGCGGCGGUUCUACACGGGCCGGCCGGUGCACCUAGACAAGAUCCUGAUGAGCAAAGUGAAGGUGCCGCAUACGUUCGCCGUGCACUCCUACACACGCCCCACCGUGUGCCAGUACUGCAAGAGAUUGCUCCGGGGCCUCUUCAGACAAGGGCUGCAAUGCAAAGACUGCAAGUUCAACUGCCACAAGCGCUGUGCGUACAAAGUUCCCAAUGACUGCCUGGGGGAGAUAAUAGGAGACAUGUUAAGUCCCAGUGUGGACCACGAGGUGCCUAUGGACUACAGUAGUGAGUAUGCCGACUCAGACAAGUCUUCUCUGAUGGACGAUUCAGACGAGGCCUGCAGCAUCCCUGGUUCUUUCUCCCCCGAGAGCAGCCAGGAUGGGGUCAGUGGGGACCAGAGUGCUAACAUCCCGUUGAUGAGGGUGGUUCAGUCUAUGAGGCAGACCACCCGUCGCUCCAGCACAUCCAUCAAAGAGGGCUGGAUGGUGCACUACAGCAACAAGGACACCCUGAGAAAGCGGCACUACUGGCGUCUGGACUGCAAGUGUAUCAUCUUGUUCCAGAACAACACCACCAACAAGUACUAUAAGGAGAUCCCUCUGUCUGAGAUUCUGGAGGUGCGCCCCGCAGGUGAAUUCACCCUGGUUCCUCCGGGCACCAGCCCCCACUGCUUCGAGCUUGUCAUGGGAGCCAUGCGCUACUUUGUAGGGGAGGACCCCAACGUCCACGUCCCCGCCCUGCCCCCCAUCACCACCCAGGCCUUCCCCCCCACACCCCCCUCCCCCAGCAACGUGGUUCCCAAUAGUGGCAUGGGGCGGGAGGUGGCCAAGGCGUGGGAGGGCGCCAUUCGCCAGGCCCUCAUGCCAGUCAUCUUCCAGGAUGCACCACCGGUGGAGGGACACACUCCCCACAGACAGGCUUCUGUCAGCAUCUCAGUGUCCAACAGUGUGAUCCAGGAGAAUGUGGACAUUGGUAUGGUGUACCAGAUAUUUGCAGAUGAAAUCCUUGGUUCUGGGCAGUUUGGUGUGGUGUAUGGCGGGAAGCACAGGAAGACAGGACGUGAUGUGGCGGUGAAGGUGAUUGACAAGCUACGCUUCCCCACCAAGCAGGAGAGCCAGCUGAGGAAUGAGGUGGCCAUACUGCAGAGUCUACGUCACCUGGGCAUAGUGAAUCUGGAGUGUAUGUUUGAGACUCCAGAGAAGGUGUUUGUGGUGAUGGAGAAGCUCCAUGGAGACAUGUUGGAGAUGAUCCUGUCCAGUGAGAAAGGCAGGCUCCCAGAGAGGCUCACCAAGUUCCUCAUCACACAGAUUCUGGCAGCCCUGAGGCACCUACACUUUAAGAACAUCGUCCACUGUGACCUGAAGCCUGAGAAUGUCCUGCUGGCCUCUGCCGAGCCCUUCCCCCAGGUGAAGCUGUGUGACUUUGGCUUUGCCCGUAUAAUUGGUGAGAAGUCGUUCAGGCGUUCGGUGGUGGGCACCCCAGCCUACCUUGCCCCAGAGGUGCUGCUCAACCAGGGUUAUAACCGCUCCCUGGACAUGUGGUCUGUAGGAGUCAUCAUGUACGUCAGCCUCAGUGGCACCUUCCCCUUCAACGAGGACGAGGACAUCAACGACCAGAUCCACAAUGCUGCCUUCAUGUACCCACCUAACCCCUGGAAACAGAUUUCACCUGACGCCACUGACCUGAUCAACAACCUGCUCCAGGUGAAGAUGAGGAAACGCUACAGCGUGGACAAGAGCCUCAGUCACUCCUAUCUACAGGACUACCAGACAUGGUUGGAUCUGAGGGAGCUGGAGACCAAGCUGGGUGAGCGCUACAUCACCCAUGAGAGUGACGACUGCCGCUGGCAGAUGUUUGCCCGCGAACACACACUUCCCUAUCCGGCCCACCUGGUGCCCCCUUUGCCUGCGCUCGGGUCUGACGAUGAGGCCAGGGAGGACGCAGACAUGCAGGGGCUCACCGAGAGGGUCAGCAUACUCUGAGAACCAGCAGAACCAGGACCCACGAGGGCCCAAGGGACUCAGACUGACCCAGGGAAGAGGAGGGGAGUGUGGGGAGCGAGUAGAGAGAGAGAGGGGCUGGCUGGAUGGAUGGAGGUCUGGAGAGUGGGGAGGGUGAGGCUUGGAUGUUUAGCUGUAGAACAGCGCCUUCUAUAGCGAUGAUCCCGCUCCUAUCCGUCUACUAAUGGUGUCCACUCUGGCCCAAGCCUGUCCAAUCUCCAGACCCCAUCCUUGACCCCUCUCUCAUCGGUCCAGCUUAGCUCUUCAACCCAUGAACUCUUUGAGUGUAAGAGACUGCUCUUCUGUAUCCCACACGGACAUGCUGUACUGUAUCCAGUGGUGUCAGGGGAUGUGUAUCUCAGAAACCCGGGGAAGCACAGGAAUCCCAUGCUUAUUGUCACAGAGAGAGAGAGAGAGAGAGAGAGAGAGAGAGAGAGAGAGAGAGAGAGAGAGAGAGAGAGA